UCGUUUGUUGUUGUCUUCGGAUUAUUAAACAAACAAAAAAAAAACAUCAUCACAAACCAAACAAAGCCUUAUGAAUUUGCGGUGGAGGAGGUAGAAGCACUUCAAAGACAAAGAUUAAAGAACAUGUCGGUGAUGGAAAACCAAAAACAACAAGAUAACAAAGGACAGUUGAAAAAGUGUGAAAGGAAAAGAACAUCUUGUUAUUCUCGUAUCAAUAAUCUCGAUGAUGGUUGUCUUAUGCAUAUCUUUAGUUUCCUUUCUCCUAUUCCAGAUCGCUUUAAUACCGCCCUCGUUUGCCACAGAUGGAAUUAUUUGGCUUGUCACCCUCGCUUGUGGCUUCGGGUAGAUCGGUCGGUUAAAGACUUAUCUGAACCUGGUGUUUUCCCCAACAUUGAAACGGCUGUUUCUGCUUCAAGGCCAGGUGAUACUAUUUUAAUAGCAGCUGGUGGAAUUCAUCGUGUCGCAAACAUUCAAAUAAAUAAACCACUCUGCUUGAUUGGUGCAGGUGAAAUUCCAGAUGACACAAUGCUCACUUGUUCACGAGGCUUGGACAGUGCAUUCGAGUUCCUUUCCAACUGCAAAUUAUCAAACUUAACCGUGAAGGCAGAGCUCGGUUGCUGCUUGCUACAUCGAAGCGGAAGGCUCACUAUAGAUGGAUGUGUUCUACAAUGCGAAUCCAAUCCUCUCGAUUUUCUCUCAUGUCCCAUCAUAAGUACUGCCAAUAGCAGUGACAUGGUCCCUUCACAAACCAACAGCAACAACGGUGACGGGGUAUUUGUUUCUCAAACUCGCAUCGAAGGAGGCGCCAAAGCUGUUUUAACAAGUGGAGAUCUCGCGUUGCAACGAGUAAGAGUGGUUUAUGCAAGAACUUCCCUUCUUUUCUGGUUUGAUGUAGAACAAAUGUAGUCGAAUCGGCCUUAACCAGCUUUAUGUUGUUAUUUAUUGUUCUGUAAUUUAGUUUAGUGGAGUGAUGAUUCUUUUUCUGGUGCUUUUUCUGCUCCUUGUUGUGUACCAUUAUCAUAUGUAACAAACUUUCAGUUUAUCAUCAUCUUUAUGACUUGUCAUCUAACUCUUAAUAAUGUGAUAACAAAAUGAUGUCAUGCAUUUGUAUA